AAGUGCCCCGGCUUCCAGUCCCGGUGACACAGCCGCCGCCAGCCACCGUCUCUGUCUCCUACCGACUUUGGCUCCACCGCCACCACCAUGCCUCGGGGCAGCCGCAGCUCGGCCGCUCGGCCAGCCAGCCGUCUGGCCACAACUUCUGCCCAUCCUCCCGCGCACCCACCACCCUCCGCUGCCGCUCCCGCUCCGGUUCCAUCGGGCCAGCCGGGCCUCAUGGCACAGAUGGCGUCCACAGCCGCUGGGGUAGCCGUGGGAUCGGCAGUGGGACACGUCGUGGGCAGCGCUCUUACUGGAGCCUUCAGUGGAGGAAGCUCUGAACCUGCCCAGCCUGCCGCCCAGCAGGCCCCUGCUCGUGCUGCCCCUCAACCCCUACAAAUGGGGCCCUGCUCCUAUGAGAUCAAGCAGUUCCUGGACUGCUCGACCACUCAGAGUGACUUGUCCCUGUGUGAGGGCUUCAGUGAGGCCUUGAAGCAGUGCAAGUACAACCAUGGUCUGAGCUCACUGCCCUGAAGAGUCCUGGGCCAUAGCCCUGCUCUCCCCCAUCCCCUCACCGACAGCCGGACUAUGACGGUAGAUUGUAGCUGGGACUAGGAAUAAGGAAGAUGUUUCUCACCCCAUGUAUAAUACCAAAAAAAAAAUGUGCAAUUAAAAAGUUUAUUUUCGAUCACAA